AUGCCGUUUGGGCUAAAGAACGCCGGGGCGACCUACCAACGACUUGUUAACCGAAUGUUUGCCAGUCAGCUCGGCCGAACCAUGGAAGUCUACAUUGACGACAUGCUCGUCAAGUCUCUUCUCGCCAAAGAUCAUGUCCGACAUCUCCAAACCUGUUUCGAGAUACUUGGCAUGAAGCUAAAUCCUACUAAGUGUACAUUUGGAGUUACGUCCGGUGAAUUUCUCAGAUAUAUUGUGACUCGGAGAGGGAUCGAAGCUAACCCAAAACAGAUAACGGCGAUCCUCGAGCUUCCAUCCCCGACCACGAAGCGCGAACAUCUUGAGUGGAACAACGACUGCGAACACGCAUUCAAACAAUUGAAGGAAUACUUGUCUACUCCUCCGAUUUUAGCCAAACCAGAGGACGGCGAGACCCUGUAUUUGUACAUCGCAGUAUCUGUCUCGGCUGUCAGUAGCGUUCGUGUCAGAGAAGAUCGUGGCGAGCAGAAGCCAAUUUUCUACACAAGCAAAGCACUCAACGACGCGGAGUCACGAUACCCGACCUUAGAAAAAUUGGCGUUGGCUGUUGUCACCUCGGCACGAAAACUCCGACCCUACUUUCAGUCACACUCCAUCACGGUGCUCACCGACCAACCGCUCCGCGCUAUCUUGCACAAUCCUAGCCAGUCAGGACGUCUUGCGAAGUGGGCUAUCGAACUAAGCGAGUACGACAUUGAGUACAAAAACCGGACUAGCGCAAAAUCACAAGUGUUAGCCAAUUUUUUGAUUGAACUUUCACCCGAACUCGUCAAAGCCGACUUAACCGAAGCUGAAAAAUGGGUGCUUCACGUUGAUGGAUCGUCAUCCUACAAAGGAUCUGGAAUUGGUAUUCGGCUUAAAACACCGACCGGCGAACUGUUGGAACAAUCCUUUCGUUUAGACUUUCCAGCGUCUAACAACGAAGCCGAAUACGAGGCACUUAUCGCCGGCCUCCGUCUUGCAAAGGAAAUCGGCGCACAACACCUUCACGCUUUCUGCGAUUCUCAACUUCCUUCCAAAGGUCGUCACGACCCACUAAAUGUGGACGAAAACGAUGAGGAAGUACCUCCAGAUUGGACGCAAGAAAUUAUAGCAUACUUAGCGAAUGGAGAGCUACCACCGGACAAAUGGGAAGCAUGCCGACUAAAAAUGUGUGCGGCUCGGUAUAUGAUGAUCAAGGACGGCCUAUUCCGAUGGAGCGCAGCAGGAAUUCUUCUCAUCUGCGUAUCCAGCAAAGAGAUUAAGGAAAUUAUGAAAAAGGUUCACGAAGGAUCAGGUGGGAAUCACUCUGGAGGUCGGUCUCUCGCCCUGAAGAUAAAGAAGGCAAGCUACUUCUGGCCUACUAUGGUUUCAGAUUGCGAAAAAUUUGUCGCUAAGUGUGAAAGGUGCCAAAGGCAUGGCCCAAUAAUCAACCUUCCUACCGAACUGUUAACAACCUCCACAGCUCCUUACCCGUUUAUGCGAUGGGCGAUGGACAUCAUAGGCUCUUUUUGCCGAUCCACUACUCAAAAGCAGUUCGUCCUCGUCAUGACGGACUACUUUACCAAAUGGGUCGAAGCCGAAGCCUACCCAGAAAUACACGGAAACGAGGUCAAGAAAUUAGUCUGGAAAAACAUCAUUUGUCGACAAGGGAUUCCUUAUGAGAUUGACACCGACAACGGAUCUCAGUUCACUUCGGCCGUUUUUCAAGACUUUUGCGCUGAAUGGAAAAUUCGAUUGAACUUCUCUACACCUAGGUACCCUCAGGGCAAUGGUCAAGCAGAAGCGACAAACAAAACUAUUAUAUACGGCCUAAAAAAACGGCUCGCUGAAAAGAAAAGAACUUGGUCUGACGAACUCGACGGAGUAUUAUGGUCGCAUCGAACAACACCUCGAAGAUUAACAGGACAAUCUCCCUUUUCCUUAGCAUAUGGUGUCGAGGCUCUUUGCCCAGCUGAAAUUUCAAUUCCGACCAUCAGAAGGACAAUGCUCACUCAAGAUCCCAAAACUAACGACCAAAUGAUGUACGACAAACUUGAUGAACUAGAAGAGCAACGCGACCAAGCAUUACUCCGAAUUCAGAAUUAUCAACACAUGGCGGCGCGAUACUACAACAAGAAAGUUCGAGGAAAAAAACGUUGGUAA